AUGUACGAUUAUUACGGUGAAACACCAACCAAGUUUAAAGAAAGAAGCAGCAAGGUGGGUGUUGGUCGCAGCAAGUAUGAGCAAUUGAGUCCAGUAGGACAGUUAGAUAAAAUCAAUGAUAAACUGCAGUUCCAGCUUUUGUAUAAAGUAAUAUGCCUUUCAGGUAGUGAAUAUGAUGAGGAGGAAGUAGACUAUGAAGAAUCAGACAGUGAUGAGUCCUGGACUACAGAAAGUGCCAUCAGCUCUGAAGCUAUCCUUAGUUCAAUGUGCAUGAAUGGAGGGGAUGAGAAACCUUUUGCCUGUCCUGUUCCUGGAUGUAAAAAAAGAUAUAAGAAUGUGAACGGUAUCAAGUACCACGCCAAGAACGGCCACAGGACGCAAAUCCGCGUGCGCAAACCCUUCAAAUGUCGCUGCGGAAAGAGUUACAAGACAGCUCAGGGCCUGCGGCACCACACAAUCAAUUUCCACCCUCCCGUGUCUGCUGAGAUCAUCAGGAAGAUGCAGCAAUAACAUGCUGGUCACAAACGUGCCAAGAAACCCUCACCAGCAGUUGCUGAUUUUGAGAACAGCCACCUUUUUCAGGGGAAGCAUUCAGCAACCCUUUAAAGUUAAAUGCAUGCUUUAAAAUUUUCUGUAAUUUUGGAAUGACGUAUCUUUGUAGAGUUAAUGAUUUUGUACAUUUGCACAUGUAAUCAUCAUACCCCAUUUUCAUUACUUUGAGAUAAGGUGCUAUAAAAGCUAUAGGUUCUUCAGAACAUUUUUCUCCAAAAGAAAAACAAAAA